AUGCAAAACGACGCCGGAGAAUUUGUUGACUUGUACUGCCCGAGGAAAUGCUCUGCCAGCAACCGUAUCAUCUCUGCUAAAGAUCAUGCUUCUAUUCAGAUCAAUUUAGCCGAAAUCGACUCGGCCACUGGUCGCAUAACCGGAAAUCACAAAAUCUUGACCAUUAGUGGAGCUAUUCGUCGUAUGGGAGAGUCAGAUGACUGCAUAACGAGGUUAGCAAAAGAACACGGAAUUGUAGCUAAGAAUUUCUAG